AUGACGCUCCCUCCCAAAGUCUAUCAGUGGCUGAUCGGCGUCUUUGCGUCGCUUGGGUCGGCCACCUAUGGCUACGACUUGGGUAUCAUAGCCCAAGUCAUCUCGGCGCCGUCCUUCGUCAAGCGCGUUGGCGACAACCCGGCCGAGAUCGGCGGCAUCGUAUCCAUCUUCACGGGCGGAGCGUUCUUCGGCGCCCUGGCCGCAGCGCCAACGGCGGACCGUCUUGGCCGCAAGUUGUGCAUCAUGAUCGGCGCCACCGUCUUCAUCGCGGGCGGUCUCCUGCAGGCGCUGGCGCAGAACACGGCUUACAUGAUGGCCGGCCGCGGCAUCGGGGGCAUAGGCAUCGGCGCCAUGAUCAUGAUCAUACCCGUGUACCAGGCCGAGCUGACCCACCCCAGCAUCCGAGGCACCGUCACGGCGCUGCAGCAGUUCAUGCUGGGGGUGGGCGCGCUCUUCGCCGGCUGGUUCUCGUACGGCAUGACGGUCGGGGUUUCGGACGAGGACGAGAACCAGUGGCGCAUCUCGCUGGGGCUUCAGGUCGUGCCGGCCGGCAUCCUCGCCCUGCUGAUAAUGCUGUUCCCGGAAUCUCCUCGGUGGCUCAUCGACCACGGCAAGGCCGACAAGGGGCUGGAGACGCUGGCCAAGCUGCACGCGCACGGAGACGUCAACGACCCCUGGGUGCAGGCGGAAUACUCCCAGAUCAAGUCGUCGAUCGACACGGAGCACGAGGCUGAGGCCAAGUCGUACAUGGAGCUGUUCCGCGACAAGUCGUGCCUGCGUCGGCUCUGGCUCGCGACCUCCAUCCAGGCGUCGGUGCAGAUGACGGGCGUAUCGAGCAUCCAGUACUACAGCGUCGCCAUAUUCGCAAAGAUGGGCAUCUCGGGCAGCGACACCCUCAAGUACCAAGGCAUCUCUGGGGUCUGGGCCCUGGUGGCGCAGGCGCUCUGCAUGGCGCUUGUCGACCGUCUUGGCCGGCGCUGGCCCCUCAUCCUCGGAAACGUCUUCAACUGCAUAUCCUUCAUAAUCACCACCGCCCUGCUGGCCUCGUUCCCGCCGGGGGAGUCUGGCGGCAACAUGUCGGCCAGCUGGGCCUUUAUCGUCAUGACGUGGUUCUACAACUUUUCCUUUAGCGCCACGUGCGGCCCGCUGUCGUGGAUCAUUCCCGCCGAGAUCUUUGACAUGAAGACACGUGCCAAGGGCGUCAGCAUCGCCACGGCCGUCAGCCUAGCGUUCAACGCCAUGAUUGGACAGUGUUCGUCUGUUGCUUUGGAUGACGAGACAGGUAUAGGCUGGCGGUGGUAUAUUUUGUUUAUUGUUUGCAACGCGACCAACGCCAUCUACUUCUGGGCCGUGCUCCCAGAGACGGCACGCCGGCCUCUCGAGGAGAUGCGCUACCUCUUCACGGAAGCGCCAUUAUUCAUCCCGACCAUGGACGCGAGCAAGGCGUACUCGAACGACCUAGCAGAGAGGCUUGAACAAGCAGAGCGGAAGCAGGAAGCAGGGGUCGAGGGACGUGACGAAACACAGGUUUAG